AAGAUGUGCCAGAGUGGGCACAGUAUCAAGUGCACCGUCGCCGCAUCCUCAUCUAUUGGGAUAUAUUUAAAAAUCGAAUUUAACACUUAACACAAAAUGAAAUUCCUGGUGAUCGUCUUUGUGGCACUCAUUGCCUUUGCCUCCGCUCUGCCACAGUUUGGAUUCGGUGGAUUUGGAGGUGGCUUUGGUGGCCAACAACAGCAACAGCAGGAAGGAUUCGGAGGAUUCGGAGGUGGUUUCGGCCAGCAGCAGCAGCAGCAGGAGAGCUUUGGAGGUGGAUUCGGUGGUUUCGGCGGUGGCUUUGAGCAGCAACAGCAGCAGCAGCAGGGAGGCUUCUUCUAAAACUAUUCCAUGCUGGAAUCGUUGUGUUAAAUAUAUAAAAAUAUAGUUAAUUAAAUAAUAGUACAAAAAACUA